AAGAAACAAAAAAAAUUGUUCAUGCAUGUUGUGUUGUUGCAUGAUUGUUGUACUUGUAGUUGACAAGCAACCUCAAAAAACUCAAAACAUUAUUAAUGAACAUAAUCGUUAGAAUUUUAUAGUGUCGAGGAAUAUAAUGAUUCAAAUCCUUAUCACCUUCCUGUUUUUUAGACGGUGUAGAUUCCCUAGUUUUCUUAGUACUGAUCAUGCGAAUUGUAUGUUUAUUGUACAGUUUGAAAUAUUGUUUUGAUACAUUGGAUAUAAAGUUUAUUAAUAAUGAUACCGUCGAAUACUAUAUGCGUGUCCCAGGAGGGGCCGGCAAACGCAUUGGCUCUCAAUAAAGAUUGUUCACAAGUGGUGAUUGCUGGACGCAAUGUAUUCAAAGUAUUUUCUAUCGGAGAAAAUGAUUUCUCCGAAGUUUGUAACUUGAGGGUUGGGAAAAAUUUAAAUUUGAAUUUUUCAUCCAUUGAUGUUGCUUGGAGUACUAUUGAAGAGAACACACUUGCGACUGCAGCUACCAAUGGAGCAGUGGUGGUAUGGAACCUGGGCCGCUCCGGCCGUUCUAAGCAGGAACAUGUCUUCUCUGAUCAUAAGAGGACUGUUAACAAAGUGAGCUUCCACCUGACAGAGCCAGCUCUGCUGAUAUCUGGCUCACAAGAUGGCAUGAUGAAAUGCUUCGACCUGCGUAUGAAGGAAGUAGCCAGGACUUUUAUAAGCAACACAGAGUCGAUCCGCGACGUGCAGUUCAGCCCGCACCAGGCGCACUCGUUCGCGGCCGUGUCGGAGAACGGGAACGUCCAGCUGUGGGACGUGCGGCGCCACGAGCGCUGCCUCAUGCAGUUCACGGCGCACUCCGGACCUGUCUUCGCAUGCGACUGGCAUCCUGAGCAGCCCUGGCUCGCUACCGCUUCCAGGGAUAAAACUAUAAAGGUGUGGGACAUUGUAGCAAAACCGAAUCUGGAGCAUACCAUCUACACCAUAGCAUCUGUCGGACAUGUCAAGUGGAGGCCACAGAAAACGUACCAGGUGGCGUCGUGCGCGCUGGUGCUGGACUGCGCGGUGCACGUGUGGGACGUGCGGCGCCCGCACGUGCCGCUGGCCACCUUCGCCGAGCACCGCGACGUCACCACCGCCAUCGCCUGGCUCGCGCAGCCGCACUCCUUCCUGUCCACCAGCAGGGACUGCAGCCUGUACCGGCACCGGUUCAGCUCGGCGGCGCACCCCGUGCUGUGGGCCAACCCGCACGGCGUGUGCGUGUCGGCGCGCGGCGACGUCGCGCACGCCGCGCCCGAGCGCCCGCUGCCCGCGCUGCCCGCCCGCGCCGCGCGCCUCGAGCGCCUCGUGCCCGGCCUCGGACGCAAGCAGCCGACGGCGGGCUCUCUGUCGGCGGGGGCGCAGGCCGCCCUGGAGCGCGCCUUCCCCGGGGGCGCGGCCUCCACCCUGCUCCGCUACAGCGCGCCCCCGCACAACGCGCUGCUACAGUGCGCCGCGCACUACCGCAUGCGGGGCGCGCCCCCGCACGUGCUCGCGGAACACAACGCCAACGUCGCGCGCGCCAACAACCGACACAUGGCGCAGCACGUGUGGGAGGUGGUCCGCUGCGAGUACGCGGCGCGCGCGGCGGGGCGUGGCAGCCCGGCGCCGGCCCGCAGCCGCGAGCCGCCGCGCCCCGAGCCCCCGCCCCUGCCGCCCUACACGCACACGUACAAUAGCGCAGUGGAGGAGGAGCCACUUGAGGAAGUGGAGGAGUGGGCAGAGACUCAGUUCCACAACAGUGGGGUGCUGGGCAAGCCCACGCUCAGUAUCUACAUACCGCCCAGCAAGCCGUCCAAACACGCGCGCUCGCUGGACGAUGAGAACUCAGGCUGGGUGUCGGCCGCAUCAGCUCACUACGUGGAUGUAGACGCAGCAGAUUGGACUCUGCCCGAGGAGGCAUUCCCUCUCCGCAGCGCGCCCCCGCCCCCGCACGCACUGGGGGCGCACGCCACCCCCGCGCCCACCGCGCCCCCGCACGCCCUGCGCCACGAUGACAAGGACCUCACAGUACACCGCAGCAGUGGGGGUGGCGGUGGAACCUCCCCGGGGGGCAGCUCGUCCCCGGGGAGCGGGUCCAGCGGGUCCAGUGGGUCAACGGGGUCCAAUGGGUCCGCCUGCACCGCGCCACCCAACCUUGAACACUCCGGGUAUCAUCACCACAAUAACAUGCAUAUGGAGGAGGGUGGAGAGGGUUGUGAUGGGGGGCUGGCCAUCCGAGUGGGAGACAAUCGCAGCCCACAGUUGGACGUGGCCCCACUACUGGCCGCGGCACUGCGGCAACAUGCAGACCUGGGGGACGUGCAGACACCUGCUGUAGUGAUGCUGGUGUUGCAGGACCAUCGGAGCGACCUGUUCCCGUACAUCGAGGAGAGUCUGCAGGAGCACUGGCUGCUCGGGUACAUCGAGCUGCUGCAGCGACACAAGCUGUGGAACAUCGCCACCGAGGUGGUGCGCAGCGCGUGGGUGGGGUCGGUGUGGGCGGUGUCGCAGCAGUCCACGAGCGUGGCGCUGUGCUGCGGGCGCUGCGGGCGGCGCUGGCGGCGCGCGGCCUGCGACUGCGCGGGCGGCGGCGCGGCCGUGUGCGCCGUGUGCCGGCGCGUGGUGCGCGGGCUGUACGCGUGGUGCCAGGGCUGCGGCCACGGCGGCCACCUGGCGCACAUGCGCGCCUGGCUGCACCGGCACCAGCUGUGCCCCGCCGGCUGCGCGCACCGCUGCCAGCUGGCCUGACGCUGGCCGCUGCAUCGUUGCCAGCUCGCGUCACCGCUGCGGACGCAAUCUACGCAUAGCUUCCGACCGCUACGAACGCAUCUCGUUCCUACAUAUUAACUUUUAAGAACAAACCUAUAAUUAUUCUCUAAAAUUAAGAAACAUCACAAAAAAUAUUGCGUCAUGUAAGCAGCUCUGUAAUAAAGUUAUGCCCAAUUUGCUAAAUCUGUUGAAUACAUAGUAACGCCUAGUCGAUAUCUCUAGUCGUUGUUAUAAAAGACCUGCUAGUAAUGAACAACUUGUGACACAAACUAUUUCCAACCUUAUUCCCAGUUCAACAUAACAAAAUUAAUUUAACAUAAAACCUCGAAUUUUUAUUCAAUGAUUCGGAGGAUUUCCUAUAAAAAGACAACUUUAUUAACAAUGACGGCAACAUAAUACGUAACGUACCACACUGAACAUACUCAUACAUUACCCGUAGUACUUAAUUUGUUUUUCAAAAUGUAUAAUUAUAUUCUCUAGAAGGUAUACCAAUAACUGAUAACUUUAUAAACGCAUAUUUUAUGAAGUUGAUUUCUUUAUAUUUUCGUUUUAAUGUGAAUAGUUACGAAUGACAAGAAUCAAUGUGUAUUCAUAGACUGAUUUAAUAAUAAUCUUGUAUAUUUUUAUAAUUAUAAAAUAAAGUAAAUAAUAAACGAUA